AUUACGACCACCUUGCCUCUGUAUACCAAUAACAAUCAGUCGAUUGAUGUUUCUGUCGUCAGUGAAGUAUUGUAUUUAAAAUAUAAACAAGUGUAACAAUAUACUCAUACGAAUCGAGUGUACUGUGUUUUAUAAGAGUACUGGUUGAGAAAGAAAGGUGUAGAACAUGGAGAAUGAAUCGGAAGCGAGAGCAAAACCAGAGGAUGAGGAACCCGAAGGGCAAGAAUUUACAGCUCAAGGUGUUUUGUUGGCGAUAGAGGAAGCGUGGUUGAAUGAAAAAUUUGCACCUGAAAUUUUGCCGCAUCAGUCUGAUCUGGUUGACUGUAUGUUGCAACAAAUCACACAUAUGGAGCAGAACAUGAAGAGGUUAGAAAAAGGAGAUCUAAGAUUACUGAUACACAUGAUGGAAUUAGACAGGAUUAGAUUUUUGAUAUCUAGCUAUCUUAGGAUACGAUUAGAAAAGAUUGAAAAAUAUGCUAUUCAUAUACUUUCCCAAGAAGCCAAUAGAUCUUUGGAAGAAUGUUAUCUAACAUCCGCGGAGCUUCAAUUUGCAAAAGACUUUCUUGCAAGUAUCGAAACGCUUUUUAAAGCAACUGCCUUGAACUAUAUGCCUGGGAAUUUUCAAACGUUCGAAAAAGAUCAACUAAUCGUAAAACCCAACAUGCAAGCAUAUGUAUUUUUACGGGCUAACGAUAGAAUUAGUGGAGUUGUACUACCUGGAUCGUUAGACGAAGAAAUAGACUUUGAACCAGGUUCACAACAUAUUGUACCAUACAAAGCUGUUGCAGAUUUAGUUAAAAGUGGUGCUGUUCAAUUAAUAUAGUUCUUUGCAUACUUAAAUGUUUUACAUAUUACUUAAAUAUACAUAAAAUGGCCUAAAAUAAUUUGUAAUAAAGUUUGUUAUAUGAGACUGAUAUUUUUCUAGAAUGUAUUUGUAAAAAAUUUAGUUUAUCGAAAAGAGAGUUAAGAAAGUAGUUUAGUAGAAUUCUGGUGUUGUUAUUAAAGAGAAGAUUAAAUAAAUACAUACUAUAUUUAUACAAUAUUUAAUAUAAUAAUCUUUCUUGACAUUGUACAAUAUUGCUUAUAAAAUCAUGCGUGUUGGAACAUUAAAGCAGAAUAUAUAAAAUAUGUUUUGUAAUACUCUGUGUUCAAAGAAUAUCAAAAUAUUAGUAUAUAAGGUACAAUAAUCUUUAGCGCUUAAUUUCUCGCAAAUGGACCACUGUUGGCAUAAAAACAUAUUUCAUACUAUUCACGUACUGUCGCUAUGUCGUGUUAAAUAGUAAAUCCGAAUAUAUUUAAUAGGAACAAUAUUGUUAAGUGUCAAAGUUAUACGAGAUCUAAGCUAGUACAUUAAAGUAUUCCAAAAAUGUAUCAAAAUUAAA